UUCAGUUUCAGUAUUGGAUACAUGAAACUCGAUACAAGUGAGAAAUUGUCUCGUUUUGUCCAGGUUUCACACCUUUGUUUGCUGUCCUAGGUUAGAAAACAGAAGUUUUGUAACCAAAGACGUAUUUAAACAAUACGAUAACAAUAAAUGGGAUGGGAUCAAUGUUACCUUAUCUUUUACACACAGUCUAUUGGUUGUACACAGGUUGUAAAACUAUUUCCCCCCGUUGUAUACACAUGAACUUAGCCGAAUAAGCUUGCCGUUUGUAACCAUCUCCCAACUCGUAAAGAAAAAAAAAAUUAAUUUCGAAAGAUGACAUUGGGUUGAAACAGUUUCCUAUUGUCAUUUAACGCUCGUUGGCUAGAAUCCUCGUAAAGUGAAAUGAGGUCACUUCUUCCUCCUGUUGUUCAACUUUUGGGGGAAACUCAGUUGGUCAGCACUUGGCAGGCCCGCUGACUUGUGGAUUCGGCGGUGAUGCACACGGAUGACCGGCGCAUUAGUCAGCGGAUGGGCGGGAUUGGUGUUCAUGACCGUAGGGUAGGCUGUCAGACGGUUAGUGGUAAAGCAGCGGCAACAGCCACCACCUCACUCUUCAAGACUUUAGUUUUUUGCCUUCUUUCGAAAUACGGAGAGAAAUCAUCUUUUCCUCCCUGUGCUGUAAAAUGAGCUGAAUUGGUGCCUCAAUUGGAUUACCCUUUUGGAAGCUUGUUUGGAUCUCCUGACCAGUACCUCCGAGUGUGUGUGCCUGCCAAUGUCCUUAAUGUGUGAUGAGCACCAUCUGGGGAGGUCUUUGUGUUCCUUAGACCCAGCCAUUCAAAACUGUGUGUACCUCCACCCCUGUUGCUCCACAGCUUGUUGAGGUUGAGGGGUCCAACAUGAAGAAAGUGGCCCAGUGGUCAGUGGAGGAGGUCUCCCGUUGGCUAACGAAAGAGGGCAUGCAGGAGUAUUCUGAGCCCUUCCAGAACAUUGACGGCCAUGCCCUGCUGCAGCUCUCCCAGACAGACUUCCAGAGGCCGCCGCUGUCGCUGGUGAGCUCGGACGGCGGGCAGCAGCUUCUGGAGCGUGUGGAGACGCUCCGGAUCGAGCACCACAUCGAGGCGCACAAGAAUGGCCAUGCCAACGGGCACGCCAUCCGGGUCACGGACGAGCUUACCCUGGCUGCGGGGGACGGGAACACUCCCGGAAGCAUGCCUGGGAAACGCAACGGGAUGGUCAACGGCUUCCACAAGGACCUUGUCCAGAUUCCCAUGCCGGAGCCCGUGCGCUCGCAGUUCCCGACCGAGUGGGGCAAGACGGCGGUGGCCGCCUUCUACGCCAUCUGCUGCUUCGUGUCCACCACUAUCAUGAUCUCUGUUGUCCACGAGCGCGUUCCGCCCAAGGAGGUGUCCCCGCCGUUGCCCGACAAGUUCUUUGACUUUUUCGACCGCGUGGAGUGGGCCUUCUCCAUCUGCGAGAUCAACGGUAUCAUACUGGUGUGCCUGUGGCUUCUGCAGUGGACCCUGUUGAAAUACAAGUCCAUCGUGGGUCGGAGAUACUUCUUCAUUGUGGGCACGCUCUACUUGUAUAGGUGCGUCACCAUGUACGUCACCACCCUCCCUGUGCCAGGGAUGCACUUCAAGUGUUCCCCGAAGCUGUUUGGGGACUGGGAGGCACAGAUGAGGAGGGUGGUGAAGUUGAUAGCAGGGGGCGGCCUCACCAUCACAGGCUCCCACUCCAUGUGCGGAGACUAUCUGUACAGCGGCCACACGGUCAUGCUCACACUCACCUAUCUCUUCAUCAAAGAGUACUCUCCAAAGAGGUUCUGGUGGUACCACUGGGCCUGUUGGCUGCUGUGUGCGGUGGGGAUCUUCUGCAUCCUCCUGGCCCAUGACCACUACACCAUAGACGUAGUUGUGGCCUAUUUCAUCACAACACGACUCUUCUGGUGGUACCACACCAUGGCCAACCAGCAGGUGCUAAAGGAGCCGUCACCGAGCAACUUCGUCUCGCGAGCAUGGUGGUAUCGGUUCUUCUACUACCUGGAGGAGAACAUUCAAGGCAUAGUCCCGCGGAACUACCAGGUGCCUUACCUGUGGCGACCGUGGCAGUGGGGCCACGUCAAGUACACGAGAAUAGAUUCCGAAUGAGUGACUUGAGUGACUGACACUUAACUGACCGACCUUCCGGGUGACCUUUCACCUCUCAAACUGCCACUGCAUUUUUGGACCCAAGAGAAAGGGGUCAACAAGGGAGUGGAGACUCCAGGGAGACUUCAAGUGCCCUCAAGUGCCAGAUUCCAGUCACAAGAAGGUGCCCACGUGGAGGAGUACCACUACAAUCUCUUCCUCACACCCAAGCUCCUCCAACUGCCCCCACCACCCCCCCCAAAAAUCAGACUGGUCAACACUGUGACGUAUCAUUACAAGCUAAUCAUUCUCGAUUGAAACGCUAAGUGUGUUUCUGACAGAUUUGAUGCCUACCUUCUUCUAGCUGAGCAGGUUUUUUCCUUCUGUUUGUUUUUGGGUGUGUGUUAACGGCUGCCCAGGCAACCGGUUAAAUUGUCCAUGCAUGAUUCAAGUCACUGACCCACACCACCUCAUGUGGGCCAGGACUUGGAAUGACUGUGUGGAUGGGCCAGGAAAAUGUGUCACAAGGUCGUUACACCACCCUCUCUGAAUGCCGGGGUGAAUUAUGAAUGAACAAAUGAUGUGUGUUACUGUUGAAAAGAAGGAAAACUGCAGUGCUACUAUGUUGUGAAUCCACCAAAUUACAAUAGGGGUAAAUCUGGUGUAUUUUUGUUUGUUUGUAGCGACAUGCUUUUCUUUCUUUUCAUUUUUUUUUAUAGUGGCUCUCCCUGAAAAUAUUGCCAAGGUGCAAAAAAAGAGAUUUUUUUCUAAGAAAUAUAAAACUACAUUUAUUUUUCCAACUAACGCUUUGUAUGUAGAGAGAGAAAGGAAAUAUCAAGUGGUAUGUAAACAUUCCUCAGUGCCUUUUUAGAUGUGAUUGUACUACCUGCUUAUAAGUCCGUGUUUUUCAUAUUUCCUUGUAACGUGUAACAGCAAUGUAAUGUGAUGAGGCAUUAGUGACAUUUUUUUUUUUUCUUUCUUAUUUUUUUUUUUUUUACUUGAACCUUUAAGGUAUAGCAGGUUGCCUGUGUUGCCAAGCUCGUCACCCUCAGCCUCCCCCUCCCCUUUAAGAAUGGUGAGCGCUGGUAACGCAAACUUCUCUCGUUCUCUGAAUGUGGCGCUCCUCUCAGCUUUGGAGACGUCUAGCCAAGAUGACUGCGUCAAAACAGACACAGUCAGUUGUGGUGAACCAUUUCAUUCAUGUUGGACUGUUUUUAUUUAUUUUCCUGUGCGUGUUUGUUUAUCUGUUUGUAUGUUUGUUUGUUUGUUUGUAGGUAUGUAUGUUUUUGUGGACCCUAAAAAUUGGGCUACAAGUUGUUCAGAGUCAUUUUACCUUGUUCUUAUCCAAGCCAAAUAAGCUGUGUUGCCUGGGCCCUAAAUGAAAAGGUCAUUGAGUUUGAGGUGGCUUGGGUGCAGAGCCACUGUGCUCAAAGCUGCUGAGACUGUCCCAGGCUUGUGUCAGCAGUUCCAAGCGACAACCUCCCCACCCCAUCUCUUCCCUCUCCUCUGGUCCUCAAAAGCACAGUGAGUGUGCAAAAGCACCCAGUUGAGACUUCCAGAGAGAUUCUGGGUAGUGAAGAUCUCCUCAAAUACCCCAUCUUCUUCUAUGCCACACACAGCCAGCUGUUAUCAGCUGAUGUAGCCUAAAUGCUAGCACGCCGAUUCUUGACCUCAGAAAAGGUACUUGUGUUUAGGGGAGUUACUGUUCACGUUAUCGUCGUUUUGUUUAAUACGUGCUCUGAAGAAUGUUUGUCGAACAUAACACAUGCAGCUGUAAGGAAGAUGGUGGUAUUGGUCCUCACUGCUCACACUCUCUCUUUGAGGUUUCGCUUAACGUGAAGCUGCUAGCCAUGAUGGAACAGUAGACGAUCUGCAUCCAGCAGCAAAUAAAAGAGCUGUCAGCAUG